AAGUGCAAGUGGAGUGGUGCUAGUGCCGUGCCGUCCGUAUUAAAAAUAAUGAAAAUGGACUGUCGAUAGUUUCCCCGCCUACACGUGACUUUUAAAUGUAUUUAUUUUUCUAAUAAAAACAAGCGAUCUGUCGCCAAACUGGGUGCCAAAAUAGUGGAGAGGUUUUUGAACUUAGCGGACGAUAGCUUCGUCGAAGAUGUCAACGACGACCUAAAAUGUUUUUUAUCAGAGAAAAAAGUUGACAGCGUGCUGGUGUUCCCGCCGGUGAGCAACUACCGGCGCUUCCUGAUCCACCGGUGCGUGGAGCGCCUGGCGCGGCCCGACCUCGCCACAUUCUCCGUCGGGCUCAGCGACGAGCGGCGCACCGUCGUGUGCUACCGGGAACGUCUCCUGAGUGAUGAAGCUUGCGCACGUCCAGCCAUGGGACUGACGGCGGCAAACCGCGACGAUGCGCCGCUCACCAAUACAAGCGCUGCGGUGGGGGAGUGCAGGCCUGCGCAAGCGCAGCGCCGACAGCCUCAGGAAAAGAUCAGGUCGGGAUCCGCGAAACCACGGCGUCCAGAUCGCGCUGUCUACGUGCCUAGAGCGUUGCGUGGAACUGACACCAGCUCGUCCGACGAAGCGAAGGCCGACACGCAAAGGCGGACUAGUCAUAGCGCCGAUCCAAAGUGUCCAAAGUCUCCCGGCCCCAGGGACAAGUCGGCGCACGGAACGCCCAAACGUUCCAUAGACAAGAACUUUUGCAACGUUUACACACCGCCUCCACUCAGGAACCAGAGAUCUCACACAGCCCCAAGUAUAGGCAACCGGGCUACAGCGAACGAUACAAACGAAUCUGUGCCUUCUGGCUGCCAAGUGCCAAAUAGUGAUAGUGCAAUAUCGUUUAGUGAUAAUAGUUAUAACGACAUAGAAGUAGGAGAGAGUUUUUAUAUAGGAGAUUAUUUUGCUCAUGGACAGCUCGGGUUCUUUACUCCGACUUUUUACGAGUACGCGGACAACCGGGAACUUGAAGACGGCCAUUUUGCAAAUGAAUCUAAUUUAAAUAUGGCGGAACAGGAAACUCAGCAGAGGAUCAUCGAUGGUGAUUAUAUUUACAGUAAAGAUGAAGACGCUGAGAAGAAUGAGUUGAAGAGAGCGUCGCUAGAGAUAAACAGAAGUAGCAAGAGGAUAAUUAAACAGAGCUUCGAUUCAGAUGUCCUCGUCAUAUCCGAUCCGGUGGAGGAGACGAAGGAGCAGAACGCAAAUGAUUUAAUCGAGACAAAAGAGAUCGAAACGAAGACUAAACCAAAGCUAGAGGCGAAAGUGUCCUUGAAACGCGAGGAUAACGACUGGGACGCCGUCUUCGACGACAGUGGCGAAUGUCUGGACCCAUCCCUCCUCGAGGAGUUGACCUCAACGGUUGGGAAGGUGCAUAUAAACAAAGCGAAGAACAAUUAUGAACAGUACCAGACAAGAGGGCAGGCGUUGUUUAACGGGCCGUAUGAUGAGACGUUCGCCCACGUGGUGGAGGUGUACGACUUCCCCAGCGAGUUCAAGACGAACGAUCUGCUGUCCCUCUUCAGUGAAUACAAAGACACCGGGUUCGAGAUAAAGUGGGUGGACGACACGCACGCGUUGAUCGUGUUCAGCAGCGCUAAAAUUGCUGCAGAGGUGCUGUCAACUCAACGUCCGCUCGCAAGGUGUCGCCCUCUACACGCCGCGACCCUGGAGUCCCGCAAUAAAGCCAAGAAAUGCGCCGAGUUCCUUCAGCCGUAUAGGCAGCGGCCGGAGACGUGCACGGCGCUGGCGCGGCGGCUGGUGUCGGGCGCGCUGGGCGUGCGCCUCAGCACCGCGCGCCAGGAGCGCGCCGAGGAGCGCCGCCUCAUCACCCUGGCCAGAGAGAAGAAACGUCAAGCCGCGUUGCAAAAGGAGGCGGCGUGGGACGGCUCGCUCGCAAAUCAGUCCGUGGCCGACACGUGAGGCGACCAUCGCCUACAGGAUGCCUGGAUUCGUGCCUAUCGAAACAACGUACCUACUUCACGUCUAAACUAACUUUAAGCUGCUCUCAAAUAUAAUGACAUUCUUAUAUAUAGGCAUAAAUAUUUUUCUAGAGAUAAUUAUUCUAAUUGGGAAUACAAAAUGCGCAAGAGGUUCCCUUCCUUAUGUUUAUAUGUCUUAAGGUUUAAGAUUCGAUAUAGUUUUAAUUUUGUUAAGUAUUGUCUAUGUAAUUUGUUGUGCUUCCUUUACAGUUUUAAAUACUCUCACUCAAAUAGUAUUAUAUUAAUAUUUUCCUUAAACUCAAUUCUUCAUCUUUAAAUUUAAGUUACAACAAAAUGGUUGCCAAAAACAGUCUAUAAAUUAAUAUUUGGCAUUUAAAAUGACUGGAUUUGGGAUUAGGUUGUGUGAAUUUUACAUAGUUUUAUUGUAAAACAUCUUAAAAAGUGUUUAAUUUUAAGUUUGUGUCGCAUUAAAUGUUUGUAGCAAUGAAACCAAUUCUCAACUAUAGAUUGAUUGAGUUUCUUCAGUUUUUAAAUAACUACAAUAAUUGAUCCAUAAUCGUCCUUCUCAACUAUAACUACAUUUAAGUAUGAUCUAUUAUAACACAAAAGUCACUCACCGAUCGCUAAUAACUAUUUCUAAAUUAAUUUUGUAUAGAAUAGUAUUUCUCAAGCCAAAUAUAUAUUAUAUAUAAAUCAUAGUUAUUGCGACGAUGUAAAUUUAAGUUUCUUAGGUCGUUGUGAGUUCGUGCCUUUCGUAUCUAGUCUGAUCGUGUGUGGGAAUGGGAACCUCUUGGUAUACUAGAUUUAAUUAGAUAACAAUCUACACUCUGGAACUCUGCCGGCUCCGGAAUGGGUUUGAGAGUAUAAGGAAGUCUUAGUGUUGCGGUACUAUCGUCAUUCAUAAAUCCAACCGUGUUGUGUCAUGUUGAUUCUUAAGAUAAUUAUAGGAAAUGAAAUAUACACAUAAUAUAUAUUAUUUAUAAUGUUUUUGUUUUAAUAUUUAUAAAAGGCUCAAUCUCAUCACUAAUAGGGGCCUGGCCAUUCACGUAGCGACGGCAGUACGGACCGUCGAUAAAACAGUCGUAACGCCAGUUUGUUAAACACACAUGCAUUGCGAUAGUAAAUGGAAGAACCCCUAAAAGAGGAACUGUCUGUCUGUCGUUACUAGUGGAAAAUGUG